GAGGAGUGGGGUCUAGCCCAAUGGCUUGUCAGAAACCUCAGUCAAAGGCAGACCAAUGAGUUUCUGAAACUACCCAUAGUAUAUGAACUUCCACAUGGUCCAGUGUGGAGUUGUAAGAAGGUUGCUGUGUGCAGUAACCAUGAGAAUGAGAACAGAAAGCUGUUACAAGAAGAGGUGGAAUUAUGG